CAGAGUUACCUCACUCAGGAAAAUAUGAAUAUAUAGCGAGGACACAGAGGAAGCUCUAGAUACCGUUCAGAGUCAGAUCGUCACUUCUUCUUUCAAGAUACUAAGGAAGGCCUCACCAUGUCUCUGUCCGUCAAGGAAAAGACCCAAGCCAGGCUCGUGUUCCUGGGCGCAGCAGGUGUUGGGAAGACAUCCUUGAUUCGUCGUUUUCUGCAGGAUAACUUUGAUCCAAAGCACAGGCACACAGUGGAAGAGUUGCACAGCACAGAGUAUGAAACUGCAGGAGGUACACAAGUGAAGAUCGAAGUGUUGGACACCAGUGGGAGUUACGAGUUUCCAGCGAUGAGGAAGCUAAGCAUGCAGAGUGGAGAUGCCUUUGCUUUGGUGUAUUCUGUGGACGAUCCAGAAACCUUCGAAAGGGUAAAGAGGUUGCGUGAAGAGAUUCUAGAAGUCAAAGAGGAGAAGAACCCCCCAAUUGUUGUAGUAGGGAAUAAGAAGGAAGAGGACGUUGCCCAACAAGUGUUCUGGAAAGAAGUAAUGUCAACAGUUGAGCUGGAAUGGAACAGUUGUUUGAUCGAAACAUCAGCCAAGGAGAAUCUCAACGUGACAGAGGUGUUCAGGGCGCUGCUGACAGAGGUCAACUUGCCCUGUCGACUAAGUCCUGCACUGAGGAGGAGGAGAGAGACCAUUCCCAAUGAGGGUAACCGUAAGCCCCCCAUGAACAAAACAAACAGCUGCAUCAUCUGUUGAUACUGAACCCCUCACCGUAUGUGUGUGCCAACUCUCAACCCAUUCAAGACUAUUGCUUCUGGAUUGUUAAGAAAAGAGCCUGUGAGUCACUGGGAUGGUGAGGCAGUUCUGACCAUCUUAGGAAAGUUUAGUUGGUUUGGCCAUUUGUCUAGGAUUAGGGCAACCAUCUGAACCCCCCCCAUCUUCCCCACUGGUCCUAAAUAUACAAAAUUAACCUUUGCAUAGCACUGUUAGCUCUAGAUCAAAACAAUGCGUUUCUUUGUAUAUGCAUAGCUCUGUAAAACGCUAAGCAAUGUUGUGAGAAAUGUAAUUCUCAGGUAAAUGGGCAGAUGACAUCACCAGAGUUGUAUCAUUGUGUAUGUUCUUGUGUAAAUUUUAAGGGGGGGUGUUAUUAAAGUAAAUCCAGCUAAAACCAUGCAAAUGGUUGCAAAAUCAG